GGGGAGUGGAGUCUCCCGCGCCCGGCCAUCCCCGGCGGAGCUGCCGCGGAGCCGCUCGUUCUCAGCCCCCAUCGCCCAUAAAGUUCGUUUUUAAAAAAAUCCUAGUCCUUCUUAAGAGAGCGAGAGAGGGCGCGAGGCGGCCGGGCGGCCCCGCCGGGGGAGCGGGCGCGCUGGGCGGCGGCGGCGGCGGCGGCAGCGGUUGCGCCGCGACCAGGAGGAGCCGGGCGCGCCGGGCGGGCUGCGGGGCUGCGGCCGCCGGGGACGAUUUGAAAAAUAAGAUCUGAUCACCUGGAAUUAAAGUUGGAACAGAAACCUUUUCAACUCCAAAAAUGUUGGAGGAAGAUAUGGAAGUGGCCAUCAAGAUGGUGGUUGUCGGGAAUGGAGCAGUUGGAAAAUCAAGUAUGAUUCAGAGAUAUUGCAAAGGCAUUUUUACAAAAGAUUACAAGAAAACCAUUGGAGUUGAUUUUUUGGAGCGACAAAUCCAAGUUAAUGACGAAGAUGUCAGAUUAAUGUUAUGGGAUACGGCAGGUCAAGAGGAAUUCGAUGCAAUAACAAAGGCCUACUAUCGAGGAGCCCAGGCUUGUGUGCUUGUAUUUUCUACCACAGACAGGGAAUCUUUUGAAGCAAUUUCCAGUUGGAGAGAGAAAGUAGUAGCUGAAGUUGGAGAUAUACCAACUGUACUUGUACAAAACAAGAUUGAUCUCUUGGAUGAUUCUUGUAUAAAGAACGAGGAAGCUGAAGCACUGGCAAAAAAGCUAAAGCUAAGGUUCUACAGAACAUCGGUGAAAGAAGACCUAAAUGUGAAUGAAGUUUUUAAAUAUUUGGCUGAAAAGUAUCUUCAAAAACUCAAACAACAAGUAGCUGAGGAUCCAGAAGUAAGGCAUUCAAGUAGUAACAAAAUUGGUGUCUUCAACACAUCUGGUGGAAGUCACUCGGGUCAGAGUUCAAGUACCCUUAAUGGUGGAGAUGUCAUCAAUCUUAGACCCAACAAACAGAGGACCAAGAAGAGCAGAAAUCCUUUUAGCAGCUGUAGCAUACCCUAAAAUGUAGGCAGGAAAAAAAAUUGUGCAAUUCAGUGAGAACUACAUCCAGCUCACAUGGUAUGUUACAAGGUUUUAGCAGAUUUUGCACCUAAUGGUUCUGAAAGUUGACAGACUUAAAUGUUGAUCUUCAGUGCUUUUCAGAAUGGAGUGAAAUCUUUGGAGGAAAAAUUACUGCCCUGUGGACUCAUUUUAAUUUCUUUUACAUUAGACGAAGCUUCUCCUGUUUUGGAAAGAAUGGUAUAAGAAAUGUCAAAAACAGGUUUUGCUGAAUUUUAAAUGCUGGAAAAUAUAAAUGAAAUGCCUAAAUAUAUGGUACGGAUUGUAAUGUUAUGGGUUAAGAAAAGAUAGCAUUCUUUUUCUGAAAUUAGUCAUCAACCUUUUCUGAGAAAUAGUAUUGAACCCAAGUACUUAAAAAAAUAAUAACGAAAGAUAAACCCUAAAUUUGGUGAGACUGCAUUAGUGUGUACUUGGGCAAUGUUACUAUGCAAUAUCUGUACCAUUUCGGGUAUGGAGGUAUGCAUGCAGGUACUUGGUAUUGAAGUAAAUUGAAGGUAUGUGCACUGUUUAAUGAAACAGAAUCUAACUCAUUCAUUCAUAGAAUCAUUUACACCUUGUGUAUAUGUUAAAAGUUUUUAUUUUCAAGUAAGAAAUUUCAGACAUAUAUUUUGCAAAAGAGCUGAGAUUUAAAAAGUGUUUUGUGCCAAAAAAUAUCAUCUCUAAUUUUUACAAUGCUUUACUAUCAGAAUUUAUAUUGUUUAUAAUAUCUUUUAAAAGCAGUUUUCCUCUCUGACGGGGUAGAUAAAAGAGUUUAAAUGUUUUAGUGCUAGGUCAUCUCUCAGGUGAGACUUGUUGCAAAACUUUUUCACGUGUCCCUCUUAGUGUGGCGAGCUUGUGCUGGCCAAGUCCUGGAGCAGACACAGCACGUCUGCGGCUACUCCUUAGGCCGGAAGCACACUGGUGCUUCCAAGCGCCUUUGCUGCUGACUAAAAACGCAAUCUUGAACUUUUAGGAUUAUGCUAACAGUUUUUAAAAAUGCACAAGAAGUGAUCUUUUGUCGUAAUCCACACUAUGGAUUUUAUAAUGCCUUGCAACUGUAAAGCAUCUUUUUGUUUACACCUUUUUGUAUGGUAUUUUAAGAUUAUCGCUUAAAAAUUUCUAUAACCUUUGAUUUGUACAGCACUUUCUCAAGACCUCUUUCAGGAACAAAUAUAAUUUCUUUUAAGAAAGGAUUUCAAUAUGUAGUCAUGUGGCAGAACAUAAACUUGUGACUUGGGACAGUAGUUUUCCAGCUAAGAUAAUUGCAUGAACUCUGUUAAAACUAAUUAUCAAUGGUUUUGUUUUUUAACCGUUUGCAAUAUACCUUGUUUUUAUAGGAUUUCAAAAUGUGUACAAAUAACUUCUUGAAAAAUGUGCGAUCAAGUUCUUUUUCAUUAUUUGUAAAUGCAUAAUGUUUCUAUAUAUUUCUCGUUUCCUUUUUUUUCCCCUUAAGUCUUCCAUCUUUGCCACCCUCAUCCUCCAUGUAGAUUAAUGUUGAGAACCUAAUAGAAUUUUCUGAGGCAUGUCAUUAAGUGGUCAAGUGUGGAUGUUCGCUUUUCGGAAUACUGAAAUAAUCUGACAUUACGUAUUUCAAAGUAAUAUGUUUAUUUUUAUGUCACCAGUUGUCAUCACUCCCCUUGCUGGCAGUGGGAUAGGUGUUGGGAAAAAAUCAGCUCCUAUCAAUGGAUACCUGCUAGUGAUUCACCUUUUCUUUUCUGCUCUCUUGAAAUAUAGUCUCUAAUUUUUGCACAAAAUAUAUUUUGCAUCAAAUAGUCUUACGGUUUUUAGUACAGAAAAAUCACAUUAUGUAAUAUGUUGUAGUUGUAUUUCAUGUUAAUUAAAUGUGUUGUUACUGUUCCAUAUAAAAAAGUGUAAUCUCUGAUGGUUGCAGUUCCCCUGAUAUUUGUAAUAUAAUUUUAUGUACUUAGUUUUGUCUUUCUUUUUUUCAAGAACCGAAGAGAAAUCUUUGUUGCACAUUUGAGUUUUUAAUUUGCACUUCUGUAUUCUAAAUUUAACCAUAAUCAUUAUAAGUUCUCAAUUUAAUUAAUUCUAAAACUUAAAUUAACAUUAAUCCCCCCCCCCCCCCCCGAAGACCUUUAAUUCUUUUAAAUAACUUUACUCUUAGUUUCUAACGAACCAUGGUUGCUAAAGAAAACUUGUGUAAGCCUCUAGGAGGUUGUACAUUUGUGCUCUAAUGUAAUUUUUACAUAAUGGCUAAUUUUUAGCAUUCAGACAUAUAGCUCUGUAGCAACUGCCACAUUUUAAAGUUCCUGAGGUUUCCUUUCCCUCCUUCAGUUGCCUAUUGAAUUAAGUAGCACACAGAAUAGCACAGAUAAGGCAAUAUAGUUAAAUAAAACCAGGCUAAAGGUUUUCUUUUCACCUGCCCAAAGUUGAUAACCCACAUAUACUUUUUAAAAAUAAAGUACAAGUGACACUGCAAAAAGAGAGUGAACACCUUUUCUCCCUGUGGAGUUAGAUGCUUGUUUCAGAAGUUGGCAACUCAGUGCAGAAAAAACGCUCAUCAUUGCACCCACUGAGCCUGUGACUCAGGGAUUGGAGUCCAUUCUGAAGAUCUCAGAAGGAGUAGUUGGCUUCAGGACCUAAUGUCCCAACUUAUAGUGAACUAUUUUAAUGUAAAAUAUUGAGAGCAUCCUUUCAAAACCUCUGAAAUAGUUAACUGGUAAUUUGCUGAAGUGCUCCCAUUACUAAAUAAUCUGUUUCUCUGAAGACAAAGUGAACUAUAAAAAGUUCCCACACUGCACAAUCUAAUGAACAGGUAGAUUUAUUCAGUUUUUUUAUUUAUUUAUUCAGUUUUAACUAUUAGUUACGAUCACCAAUAUCAUGUGUACUGUUCUCAUGCUUUAAGUUUUCAACCUAAAACAUGUAAGCUUAUCUUACUAGUGAAUUUGUUUGCUAACAGAAACCAUUUAAAACCACGGUGGACUCUAAAAUACCCAGUUACCUAAUUCCCAGGUAACUGGAUGGAUUUGCUAUAAUAACUUUUAUUCGUAUACCUUUUCUUCUCCUAAAUAUCUAUAGUUAGAUGCUCGUAGAUGGUCUUAAAAAUAAAAACUUUGGAUUAAAAGGAAAUCUCAACCCCUUCUAUAUUUUGUUACUACUAAAUUUGUAAAUCUGAAUGAAAAAUCACUUGUUUGUAUUGCUAUUGGGUUGCAAUUAUGCGUAUGAGCUUAAUUUAAAAUAUACUACUUAAUAAAAAUUUCAUGAAAGAUUAAUUCCAAUAAUUAAAGAAAUAAAUGCAUUUCAACGCUUGAA